AUGGAGUAUCAUCAUGUCAAGUCUCGACGACAAUCUUCGGCAGAUUUGUCCUGGGAACUUGAGUACAUGCGCCACCACAAGGAGGAAGCUGAGAUGAGGAUUCGGGCAAUGGUUGCAUCUGGACAACCCAAUUCUUCACUAGAGAAUAAUAAAAAUGGCAAGAGCCCGCCCAUGCUUGGCAAUGAUAUCGUCAUCCCUCGAAGCGCCUCACCUGAGGGAACGAUAUGUGAGCACCCUACCACCGAUACAACCUCUCGUGGUGUACACGACCUUUGUACUGGCUGUGGCGGCUUAUGGUACGCUGCGCCCCCUCGAGAUGAUGGAAAGGGUGCUGGUCUUUGGAUGGGCACUUGUUGCAAGGACGAAGGUCAAGACCGGGAAGUGCAUGGUUUACCUGGAAUCGUUACCCCCAUGCCUCGUGUCGAUGAAGCUGGCAUUAGCAUGGGACUCAGCCCAUCUCCGUCAAAUAUACAUCUGGAUCGUCUCGCCUCGCCCGGAAAUCAUAGUUCCCGGAAGCCCGCGAGCCCUGACCUUCGGAAAGCCAUCGAGUCCGAAUUCCAUGAUGGAUUUGUAACUCAGAUCUAUAAUUACUUGUCUCUGGGUUACCCGUGCCUUGCCCGUUAUUAUGAUUAUGAACUCAGCCGAAUUUCGGGCAUCUCCGUCGAGGAUCUUCGCCGGGACGACUUGAAAACUGAUGCCAGAGGCUAUGUUGUAGCCCCCAAGGGUGACGAUCUCGCGGAUGCAUGUGAACGAUGGAAGGCUCUCCGUCUAUAUAUCAAGGAAUGGGCGAGGCAGGAGCCCGGCAUGGCUGAAGAAGAUACCCAUAUCGAAGGCUGGGGACUGCCAGAACGAAGAGGUAGCUGGGGCAAUUGA